AGGAAACCAAGAUGAUUCCUAAAAUGUUUCUUUGUUUAACGAUAUUAUUAAUAAAUAUUUGCUUGUUCAAUAAUGUAAGUGGACAAAAUGAAGCAAUAAGACUUCCAAAAAGUCUCCGACCAUACAAGUACUUUCUUACGAUCAGACCAGAUAUCUAUUCACCAAGUACUGGAUUUCCUUUUAGUGGAUCCGUUAUCAUUGAUUUCGAUGUUACAUCAACAACCAACCAAAUAGUUUUGAACCAGCUUAGGAUAAAUGUGAGAAAUUUUUUCCUAGUCCUUGCUCCUGAAAAUACUAUUCCCGGUGCUAAUGUUCCUGGAUGGGCAAAUCCUAUUCAAAACGAUGUACAACAAACUGUUGUCGUUAAUUUAAACGGUACAUUAACAGAAGGAGCAAAAUAUAGGAUGCUAUUGAUCUUUAACGGCGAAAUGGAGGUUGCUAGUAAUAAUGGCAUGUACGUUGAUUACUACGAUAUUGGAGAGGUUAGACGGUACCUAGUGGCCAGUCAAUUUCAAAUCGAUCAUGCAAGAAAAGCCUUCCCUUGUUUUGAUGAACCGGAAUUUAAGGCUGUUUUUAAAGUUACAGUUGAAAGAAAAAGAACAAGACAUGCCCUGGGAAAUGGCGAAUUAGAAAGAACUAGAGAUCUCGGUGAUGGUUGGUUUGCUGAUGAAUUUGCUGAAACUCCUCAUAUGUCCAGCUAUUUAGUCGCUCUUGUAGUAUCUGAUUUUGAGAAAGUUGAAACCAGAAGUCCCAAUGGAAAAUUGGUAAGAUUAUGGGCUCAACCGGAAAAAGCCAAAUAUUUAAAUUUCUCUGCUGGAGCUGCAGGAAGAAUUCAAGAUUGGUUCGAAGAAUACACAGGAAUCGAAUAUCAAACCUCUAAAAUGGAUCACGUGGCCGUUCCAUCUAGAGGAGGUGCUAUGGAAAAUUGGGGUUUAAUUCAGUACGGUGAAAACGAACUGCUCUAUGAUCCAGAAAAUAGCGUCAUGGCAAACAAAGUCAGGGUUGCUCUCGUUCUUGCUCACGAAAUUGCUCACCAGUGGUUUGGUAAUAUGGUAACAUGUAAAUGGUGGGAUGACACUUGGCUAAACGAAGGAUUUGCAGCCUUCUUUCAGUGGCAACCAUUAGAAGCCGUCCUCAACUGGGAUAUUGGUCUUGUCCAAAAGGUUCGUGAUGAAUUCUCUAUUAUAAAACAAGACGAAACAAGCUUAUCCUUACCUGUUCAAAGACCUGAUAUUCAAAAGCCGAGUCAAGCUCAAAGUGGCUUCUCCGGCUUUACUUACAGAAAGGGAGGAGCAAUGCUAAGAAUGCUUGAGCAAAUGUUGGGUAAAGCAACAUUCCAAAAGUCACUAAAGAAAUACCUUGCUGAUUUCGCUUACAAGAGUGCAAUUACUGAUAAUUUGUGGAAUUCCUUUCAAACUGUUGUUGAAGAAGAUGGAGUUACUCUUCCAAAUGGAGAAGUAUUCCCUGUUAAAGAAAUUAUGGAUUCGUGGGUUUUGCAGCGUGGAAUUCCAAUUUUGAAUGUUACCCGAUCUGGAAAUGUUCUUAAAUUCGAUCAACAGAGAUACUUGCAACCAGAUCUUCCUGUUCCGUCAUACACAUGGAACAUUCCCAUCACUCUUGCAAAUGAUGCAUCAGGUGCAGGAAACCUUACAACUGUUCACAUGGUUAGAACAAAAGAGGAUGAAUAUACAUCACCAUCAAGUCUUGGUAGUUGGUUUGCUUUGAAUUCUUUGUCAACCGGAUACUAUAGAAUUAAAUACGGUAGCGAGGAUGAGACAGCAUUGAUAAACAAACUUAAAAGCGACGUCAAUGCCGUUGACCGUAUUUACAGGGCUCAACUUCUUGACGAUGCCUUUUCAUUUACAAGCAAUAAAUACAGAAAAGAAGUGGAGGCAUUGAGUUUCACUACAUUCUUGAAGCAAGAGAACACUGCUGGGACAUGGGUUUCGGCCAUCAACGGCUUAAGUAGACUCUAUGAGAGAUUUACAGACUUUGAUAGUGCAGAAAUUGGAAAAUAUACAAGAUCUAUUGUUGAUACAAUGUUCAAUCAAUUUACAUUUGAACCCAAACCAAACGAAGAUGAUUUCACAGCUUUUUCAAGAGAAAUAGUUAGUUCUGCUGCUUGUUCUUUCGGUAAUUCAGAUUGUAUUAAUAAAGCUAAUGAAUUGGUAAAUAUCUAUAGAGAACAAAAAGAAAACAGAAUUGCUCCAAACCAACGAUAUACUGCUUAUUGUACUUCUCUAUCUUCUGGAGAUAAAAUUAGAGAAAAUUUCUUCUUUUUCGAAGAACAACAGAAAAAAACUAAUGAGUUAAACUAUAACGAAAUUAACGACCUAGUUGCAGCACAAGCUUGUGUAUCUGACCAAACACAGGUUAACAUGUUGGACGAAUACUUGGAUAGAAUAAUUAAAUCGGAAGAUUUAUACUAUUCCGAUUUGGAAAGAGUAACUAGAUUAGUCGCUUUAUCUGCAUCUACAAGGGGACGAAACAGAACUCUUGAGAGAAUAGAUGAACUAUGGGUUGAAGAUUUCCCCAGAGGAAAUAGAGCAACAGUUUUGCUAGCUGUAGCCAGAAACUGUCAUACGCCUUUUACCAUACAAAAGGUUAGAGAUCAAAUGACUCGUCGUCCAGCAGAAGGAGGAGACGAAAUUGUUUACGAAGAAAUUGAAAACGCUUUAAAAGCUAAUGAAGAAUGGACAAAUGAAAAUUUCUCAGAAAUAGAUGAUUGGUUUAGGGAUAAUGUUCAAGCGAACGUUGACGAAAAAGAAAUAUUUUCCUUUAGUCUUUUCGAGAAAAAUUUCAAAAAGUCAAUGAAAUUUUUAGAUUUAAACGAGCAUUUCUAAAAAUUAAUGAUUAAAAGUAAAUAUCUUAAAGGGUAUAGCUAAAUCACAUCCUUUAAAACACUAUUCAUUUCUAUUUUGACUUAUGUUAGAAUAAAAUUAAAAUUUCCAG